GCAAAUAAUUUAUUGCUUUCUAAUUAAUGUCUAUUCAUAAAAGCAAUCUACUCAUAAACUAUAUGCAUACAUACCGAAAAUUCAAAAUGAAAAGUUUAAAACAUAUUGUAAUCUUAGGAAUUUUAACAUUCAAUGCAGUAGUAAUUUUCACAGAUGCAUCAAAGAAGAUGUCAGGAUCAUGUACAAAAAGAAAAGGACCAAAAAAUAGAACACCAACGAACUUCACUGUGUAUGAAAGAACAUUUACAAUAGUUGCUGAUGGGGUGAGGCUUUCAUUCACGAAAGCUCCAUGGCCAAAAACAUGGCAGGACUUUUGGCAUGAUAUUGGGUCAUCGGCAGUCAAGUUUGGGAGAGAAUUCAUCAUGUGGGCAGAGGAGAAAUAUGGCAUUGAUGCUAAUGCAGUAACAGAUGACCAGUUGACCAAUGGAGAUGAGGUGGACUUGGGUGAUUUCAUCUUUAGCCCAUACAAACCUGAUAUAUCAUUUAGAGUUAUAACAGAAACAACUCCUUCCAGGGUUAAAUAUUACAGGAAUACAGAAGUCGAUGAUGGGGCUUUUCUCAUAAUUCCAAAGGUACCAUACACAUAUAAGGCCACAGGUGGUUUAAACGUGACCAUCCCUGAAGGAGCUAUUGUCUUCAUGGGAGCAUAUCUAAUGGAAACUGAUCAAGAAUGUGGGUUUAGCAGUGAGCCAGAUGUGAUAACCUUCACAACCAAGACUUAUCUAAAAUAUGAUGAAAAUGGAUUUGGACCACUGGACUGUGACAUGUAUCAUAGAAAGUAUGGAGUCGGAGAACAGCUUGGUUUAGGAGUAGAAAAACCUCCAAAUCACUUUAAAGAAGCUUCUGUUAUCUUCUUUCCUCCUCCAAAAACUGGAUCUUAGAACAUUUUCUGAAGCUCACCAGCCUUGUCCAAUUAUAGUUUUGCAGGACAUGUGUAGAUAUGGAAUAUUGAAAUUAUGAGGAUUUAAAUUUUAAAUAAAUAUUAAAGGUAAAUGCAUAAAAUCAUAAAAAGUUUCCACCCUUUAACUGACCUCUAUUUUC